CCGCAGUUGCUCUCCUGGCGUCGCGGUGUGGUGACUGCGGCCUCUGGCUAUAGAGGGGCCGUUGCCUUUGCCGCUGCGGGGGCCUACGCAAGCUCGCCUGAGGCGGGGAGGGGCGGGCGGGUCUGUCUUUGCGGCGUUCCUUGUGGCUGGUGAACGGCUCCGUGUCUGCCGGGCAACCUCUGCCCCGGGGAAGGGGUGGGUGGGUGAGUGUGUGUGGAGCGGGGGGAAGGUUCCCUCCGCUUCCGUGGGCUGUACUGAGCUGCCUCGUGAGGGACCGGCCCUGGUAGGUCCGUGCCCCGCGUUAACCCCUUCGGUCCCGCACCGCACGGGCUCGCUCCUGUCUGGGGGUCUUUUGACUGACCGACCUCUCGGCAGGGCCUGAGCGGCUUAUGUUAGGACACUAUGGAGGAAGGAAAAGAAAUAUCAGCAGAUUGCUCAAGUCAUGUGACUGAAGAAAAAACAAGUAUCUGUAUGAAGAAUGUUUCAGACAUUCCUCUUCUAAUUGAUGAAAAGUUUGAUUUUGACCUUUCACUCUCUCCAGCAAGUGGAAAUGAAGAUGAAGUGUUUUUUGGACCUGUGGGGCACAAAGAAAAAUGUAUUGCUGUCCAUAUUGAAGCAAAAAAAUGUGCUGAAAAAAAGAGACUGCCUCCUGAUGAUAAACUGAUGUGGAGCCCACUUAUGGGAGAGAACUUUGUGGAAAUUAGCAAAGAAGCUCAUUCAUUAGCACUGCAAAUACAGACUGUAAGCAACAAUGAACAGACUAAAAUAAGCCAAUCAGAAGAACAGGAAAACAAGAUUAUCGAAAAAUUUGUGGAGGACCCAAAGUCAAAACUGAAAAUAUUGAGAAACCAAAAUAUAGAGAGAAGUCCCAGGGCUGUUAAAAGGGAGACAUACUGUGUGCAGGAUAGCCCAGCAUGUCAGCUGCCACCUUGUUUUCAGAAGGAAUCAGAUAAACUUUUGUCAGAUGAUAAAACACAUGCUCUUCAUACUUCUCCAAACAGAAGCCCUGGUAAAAUUUGUGUAUCUCCUAUGAAAAUUGCCAGUUCACCUCUGACACAAGAACAGAAAACUAAGAAAAUAAAUAUGAAGGCACCUGGCAAACUCCCAAUGGCAAAACCUUCAUCUGCUCUUGGAAAAAGCUAUUUGUUUACUACUGAAAAGCCUGGAUCAGGAAAACAUGCUAGUAUUUCUACACAAAGAGACUCGAACAGCAUGGGAUCAUCUGAAGAUCCAGUUUCUGAUAAAUCUAGUGCUGCUUCAGAUGUCUUUGAGUCUUCAUUCGGUAGCAGUUCCUCAGUGCAAGAUAAAAAAGCUCUUCCUGCACCAAGUAAGCCUGGCUUGAAGAAGAUAACACAUCUGAAACUUCCUGGUGUUGCCAGUGGUCUCACAAGAAGGACUUCAUCAGUUUCCAGCAUGAACUCAAGUCUGAAUUCAAGUUUACCCAUUUCUCCCAUAGGAAAAAAUGGAAAGUCAAGUGUGUCUUCAAAAGCCAGUGUGAGUGGCUCUAGGCUUUCUUCUAGCACAAACAGGCUGGGCUUGGUCAGACCCACCAGCGUAUCAUCUCUGCAGGCUGCCAAUACUGAGAAAUUCAGGAAGCAGGCGAGAUCUAGUACUCCCAAAACAUCCAGUGCUGUAAGCUUGGCUAAAUCUUCAGCUUCUGUGAUACCAUCUGAGGCUGUAAGCAGUGGAGUUCAGAAGCUGAUCUCUGUUCCUGGUCUACAGAACCUAUGUCAGCAGACUAAAGAUGGAAGUGCAACAAGAGGAAGCCUGUGUCCAAAGCCCAGGGCUCGACUUUUGUCUGUUCCUGCAAGUCUGACUAAGGUUCCAGUGAAGACUGGAGGUACACCAACAAGCAAACUGGCACCAAAAGCAACACCAUCUCAUGGACUAGCAUUUUGUGGUACACCUGGAAGUGCCAUGGCAGUCAGCACUCCUGUAACAGCUUCAGGAGAUGGGACCUUUCACAACCCUUGCUUUCCUGAGAUGUCUGUCUCCAUGACUCCUGCCAGUCUGAAACAUUCUGGCUUACCUACACCUGUUCGCCGUAUCCCAGGAUUUCCAGCAGUGACUCCUAAAAGUGCACCAAGAAUGGCGCUUUCUCCAUGUGCUGCACCUGUUUGUCAAAGUUCCAGCUUUUCUAUGAAAAAGAUUCUUACAGCUGGUUCUAAACAGACAAAAGAGACUAAGACACAGGUGUCUUCAUCGGAAGAUGAUACAUCUCCUCCACCUGUACUGCCUCUUGCACUUGACUUCUCACCAGAAAAAGCUGCUGCAGAAGUAGCAGAAAACAAAAUAAGAGAGGCUGAAGUACAAAAUCAGCUGGCUGAAGAGAAACAAACUGAGGCCUUGCUGGUAGAUAUUGGAAUAGACAAAUCUUUCCCACACACUUUGGAAUGUGAAAGCAGACCUCUGAUUGACCUUUCCAAUACCCCUGAAGUGAAUAAGAUUAUUCCUCUAAAGCCUACAUUCUCAGGGCAGGUAAAGCUAAUUGAUUUGAGUUCACCUCUUAUCACUUUGAGUCCCGAUGUAAACAAAGAAAAUCUGGAUUCCCCUCUGCUCAAGUUCUGAACAUGAAUUGAAAAGAAGAAUUAUUGGCAUCUGUGAUAUUUUAAGUCUUUAGCUGUUACUCUUCACUCAUACAAGUGUUUUUGAAGAAGGCUGUAGAUUAUCUGAUGAACUGCAUUAACUGCAUUAAUAGAAUUCUAAUUGUCUUGACAUAGUCCUAAGUCUGAUUUAAUGGUUCUUUCCAUGGUAUUUAAACUGUGUUGUUCUAAGGCUUUGGAGCCUGUCUGUCUUCAUCUCCUGCCAAUUGUCUUUGGUUCCUUAUCCCUUGUGUGCAAUGAAGAUUUAAUUUAAAAUAAAAGAGUUGUUUAACAAA